UUGUGUUUAAGAUAAGAAAUAUGCAUCAAGGAGUAGAUAUUUAUUCACUUGACCUUUCACCGUUUGUGCACACGAUCUCCUGCAUGCAGUGGAAUUCAAAUGGAAUUUUUAGAAAUAAAGGCAAGGCAAAAAAGGCCAUUAUAUUUUCAAUCGAGUUUUAUUGAGAGCUGCAACGUGAGUUGAUAACUGACAUCCACAACAGAAAUAAACAUUUUUAUGAGUGUUGUUUUUUUUGUUUUUUGUUUCUGCAGACAUAUUAGUGUCAUGUAGACCUUCUGCUAGUGAUCUUCAUAUCAGUCAUUUCAACGCAGCUGGUUCAGUCUGAAGAUGAAGUCCUUGUUUGGUUUACCGCUGCUCCUGAUAAUCUGCCUGUUUAAAGACAUUGAUGGAGUGGAGGGCGGGUUCGAGUUCAAGAUUUCGCUAAACUCCACAGAUGUGCGUGGUCCUCUUGAUCACUUUUGGCGGAGCACAGGCUUUUGUCCGCCUAAGCCUCACAACGAUUCGGCAAAGUUUGAUCUAGGCCCAGACAUGCAGCAAAACCUGGCGUAUAUCGGGGCUGUGCCAUGGGGAGGGAUCCGGCAGGUCAGAGUUCACUGGUUGUUUGACUUGGUCACAGUAAAUAGGAUAACAGGACAGGGCCCAGAUUUUAACUUCUCUAACCUGGAUAAGCUGAUAGCACUGAUGCACCAGAAUGGCCUGUACCUGGGGUUCGAACUCAUGGGCAAUCCGUCAGGGAUCUUCCUGGACAUGGAGAACAAAACACAAGUAUACUGGUGGAGGGAUCUAGUCGCUGCCACAGCCCGGAGAUAUGUGGAUCAAUAUGGCUCUAGCUAUGUCAGAGGGUGGAACUUUGAGACCUGGAAUGAGCCGGACUGCCAUGAUUUUGAUCAGAACAAAAUGACAGUGCAAGGGUUCUUAAACUAUUAUGAUGCCUGCUCUGAGGGCCUGGACAUGGUAGAUAAUUCCUUGACUUUUGGGGGACCUGGGGACGGCUGUGGUCUGUAUCUUGAUGGUAAUAGCACCCAGUAUGGAGAUGCUCUCUUCAAUCAUGUGAUACGUGGAACCAACUAUUUCACUGGGGAAAAGGGAGUGCGCAUGGAUUUCAUCUCUAUGCACGAAAAGGGAGAUUCAAAAGGUAUAAAUGUUUUAAAGAAGGAAACUGUGGCCGUAAAUCUGCUGAAAGCCCGCCAUCCUGAGUUGGAGAAAAAACCUUUCUACAAUGAUGAGGCAGAUCCACUAGUUGGCUGGAGCAAGCCGGAGCUGUGGAGAGCCAACGCUGUGUACGCUUCCCUCGUUGUAAAAAUCAUUUCACAGCACCAGAAUAUUCUCAAGGCAAGACCUGACCCUGUCAUCCAAAACUACCAACUUCUUAGCAACGACAAUGGCUUUCUCAGUUACUACCCGAAUCAGUUCACCCAACGGACAUUACUAGCCAGGUUCCAGAUGAACAACACGGCUUCAAAUUAUGUAACAUUUGUACGCAAACCUGUCUACAUUGUCAUGGGAAUGUUGGCCUUGCUGAGAGAGACACAAGUACAUGUGGAUACUUCUCAGAGCAAUACAAGUGACUUUGGUGUUCUGGCCACUCUGCAUGAGCACAUCAUGAAGAAUUCUUCUGACAGCUGGCAGAUGACCCUCAUUGUGUUCGGUGCCUCUGACCCUGGCGAGCCGACGGACUACGCCAUGUUGAAUUUGAACUGGUACAUUUCUCCCCCCGAGGGAACAACCAGUCUGAAGCUGAUGACCCAGCUGUGUUACAAUGGUGCCGCCAACCCCUAUGAUGUGUGGGCGGGACUCUACAAUAAAACUGCCUUUCCAACAUUGAAGCAGUUUGCUUACAUAAGAACACAGGAGGAUCCGUAUCCUGAGUUGAUGGACGUCCCGGUGAAGCCAGGAAUUGUUCCCAUUCCUCCCAGAUUUCAGAUUCUGGACCCUCACAUUGUAGUCUUACAUCUGUGUGCCAAAUCUGACCUUCCACCUGAGAAAGUGAUGGGUGUUCGAUUCUUGAAUGUUACUGAAGGUCAAAUGAUGGUGAUCUGGUCCGAUGACAAUAUUCAUACAAAAUGUCUACUGACAUAUGAAGUGGAAGUUUCAACCUCAGGACCAUCAGGUCCUUACCGCAGAGUCAACAAAAACAACUCAGUUGUAACGCUUUUCCUUUUUGAAACUGAUUCAGAAGAGAAGGUCAGAGGUCACUACCGUGUUCGAGCAGUGGACUAUUGGCACCGCGGGGGAGACUUCUCCAGUCCUUUGUUGUACUCUUAACUCCGGAUUGUUUUAAAAGUGUUACAUGACUGACAUGUAUAUUUAUGCUGUUUUCACAGAAGUCUUUUGUAACUGUAAAACCUGUUUGCUGAAUGUGAUGUGGCCAAUAGUCAAAUACUGAAUAAAAAAACACCUGCCUAAAUUCUAAUCAUUAUGUUGAUGCUCUCACAAGCUAUGUUGUCUGCCACAUGAAUAAGGAAUUGGUUAGGGGGUGCAAUAGCUGUUAAUAAAAGUAAGCAGCUCACUGAAAGAUCUCUUCUUCCAGAUAUAUUGCUUCAACUGCAUCAAAGGCAGAUGUUCUUAUUUUUUGUUGUUGGAUGUAGUAUUUUCAUUCCAGCCAACUUCCUUAGAGUACUUUGCAGGGUUGUUGUCGUUGCAUUUAUGUGAGGUCUACUAACGUUACUAUUCUGUGGUUCCUUCAUCAUGACAUUUCCUUUUACUGAUUUACCCCUAUGCAUGUAUUUUAUACAAAAGAUUUGCUGAUUCAUGUGGGCCUAUGUGGUCUCAAUUUAAAUAAAUGAUAAUGAAUGUUUUCAUACUAUGGUUUGCCAAAGGGCUUUCAAGAAUGAAAAGGUACAGUCAAACCUGCUCUAACAUCCACCUAUCCCAGACAAUCACCUGUUCAAAUGACCUCUACCCACUUCCCUCCUUGCAUUUAUUUUUUACAUUAUGAUAGUGUCCAAGACUUCCACCUGUCUGAGACAAACACUUUUCUCCUGGACAAUGAGUGGUCAUCUUGGACAAUUUCUACUAUCUGUCCCCUUCGGUUAUACAAUUGUGCUGCUGUGUUUUUUUUCAUAAUUCCACAACAUUUGCAUAAUUUGAGAUUCCCCGAGUUUUUUCACUUUUUUUUGUUGCAUUUUUCACAAAACAGUUAUAUUUUUACUGUCAAAAGCAAAAGAUUUUUUUCUACGAAAACAGAACUCUUUAAUUUUGCAAAGCGCUCAAAGUCCAUAUUAUCCAUUUUCGGUAACUGGCCAAGGCUUGUUGAUAUUAACCCAUUGGGGGAUCGGGUCGGGACGGGUCGGUUUGCUAGCCAGAUUGGGGGCACAAAGCGGCUUUCGUGGCACAAGCUGAUCGAGCCCAACUUGUCGCCUCAAAACCAAACGCGUUUGUUUUCAGGCGACGAGUGGGACGAUCGCUCCGGACCCUACCCGAUCCGCAAUGUACACCUUAACGAAAUGGAGAUGGAUAAUUUUUUUUUAAAAAUAAUAAGACAGCGACCAAGACAUCCGCAAGUGAAUGUCAAUGACAAUUUAUUUGCCCACUACUGAGGCACAGAAGUAGCUGUACCUAACCCCUAGCCCCUAGCCCCUAACCCCUAACCCCGACCCAAUUUGUAUGGGGGAAGGGAUGGGGAGUUGGGUUAGGAUAUAAGGGGAGGGAUGGGGGAUACGGGGGGAGGGGUGUGGGUAGGGGAUGAAUGGAGAUGUGUAUUGGGUUGAGUAUGAGGGUUAAGUGGAGGGAUGUCGGUUAUGGGGGGAUUUAGGGUUGGAUAAGGUAUAAGGGAGGGGUUAAGUAGGGUAUGGGUGAGGGGUGUAAGGGGAAGGAUGUGGGGUUGACCUGAGUAUGGGGGAGGGAUGGGAGGGACGGUGAGAGGGAUUUUGGGUUGGGUAUAGGGUAUAAGGUAUGUAUAUGGGGGUGGAGAGGUUGGUUAGUGUACAGGGGUAAGUAAUUGGGGUGGGGGAGGGGGGGUUGGAGCAAUAUCUGAAGGGUUUAUUUGUUCGGGGGGUAAAAAUUAUAUUGCCAUCCUCCCCAUUUCCCUGCCCUUCCUCAGACACAAAAGAACGUCAAGCCACAUAGAAUCUGAUGCUUUUUAAUAAAUAUAUAUAUACGUAACAUAGGAAUUUGCUUCUACUUAUAGUCCAACCAGAGAGCCCGAGACAGUCUCGGGCCGGGCAGAGAACGGGUUAAAAGUUUUUUUUAUAAUCUUUAAUGGUUGCCUAUUUUUAUUGAUUAUUCUGGUAUUCCCCAAUUUAGCACCUGUUCUACCACUAUUCUAAUAAAGGUGAUGGAACUACCAACUUCCCCCUGGGUGCCGAGAUUCUUUAAAAUCUUUUGUCAAAAUCAGUGUUCAUGCACAUUCCCAGUAGAGAUGGACACCAACAGUAUAGUGUUAGUGAACUGGCGCAAGGUCUUUGAAGAGUUACAGUGUUACUAUUGCGCCUUAGUAGUAGCUCGCUGAGUUUAUUUUACUACAAGUGUACAUGUACAAGGAGAAAUGUUGGAUGCAGUCUAAGCAUGACCGGCAAUGUGUUUUCUACUCAUUUUUGCCCUGGGCAAACAUUGCGAAUAAACAUUUGAUAUAUGCUUCUGGUAUAAGUUGUCAUUCUACUCUUCUUGCAGAUUAAAUGAAAUUUGUAAGGGUUCUGGGAUAAGCUGGUCAGAUUUGUCAUCUAAGGAAAGCUUUCUUUCCCUCUCUCUCCUGAGUCUUGAAGUUGAAUCAUUUUUACCCAAGGAACUACAUGUAUUGUAUGUAACGCAAAGAAACGACUGGACAGUCACUAUGGUAGUGGUAGGGAGCUGUUCAAAUAUAUUCUAACACCUGGAAGGGGGGGGGUCUUUGGCUCCUGUAAGAAAAGUGUAAGAGAGGGGGGGUGUCUUGAACCAACGUAAUAUUACACUUUUGUAAGGUGAAAAAAUAAGGAAGAAAAGGGUGGCCUUGGUCAAGAAAGGCUGCAUGGUUUGCAGAGGCCACUAGGAAUGUGGAAAAUAUUUUCCAAGUAUUGCAGCAUUGAAGUUUGAAGAGGCACAGGGCAUUACACAGGAAGAAAUGAAGGUGGAGGAAGAGAUAUUUAGUAGGUCCUGAGCUAGUAAUGUACACACCUCCAAUUACUUUGUUCACUCAUUAUCUCUUGUUUUGGUGACAACUUCAGAAUUAUACUCACUGAAAUUGAGCUAACAUCUUGUUACCAGGUACUUUGUAAUUUUGUAGCUGUCGUCUUCAAUUUUCAAUGGCGAGUUGUACAAUGGAUAAAGUCAACCUUGCUGAAAAUAAACUUUUUUUUUUUGGUCCUGAAUUCCACUGGCUGUAAUUUUUUUAAAUUUGUUAUUAAAACGCUUUUGAAAUUGA